AUGCUUCACAAUAUCAUGGCCACUUCAUUCUUCCUGUUCGCACUUCUUAGUUUUUCAGCUUUUCCCAGCUCAUGCGCUCAAACUUAUGACAGCACCACUACGAAUCCGACUGCAUGGACAGAAUAUGCCCUUGAUGGACUGGAUCAGUGGUACAACUGCACGACAGGCAUCUGGGAAACGGCAGGGUGGUGGAACAGCGCCAAUGUCAUGACCAUGCUCGGCAACCUUGCGAAAGCCGAUCCGUAUAACGAACACGUACAGAUCGUGGCACGUAGGACAUUUGCCAACGCGAUACGUAACGCUCCAAUCAAAAACCCGGUGCCCAACGUAGAGCGACCUAAUGUUACAUCUCCGACAAGCACAUCGCGAUCCGGGACGCCGUUCAGCAAGUACAUCGACCCGAGAACAUACCUGCCACACUCAAACUACCCGAUAGAUUGGUUCCGCCACAUUGAUUCAGCAACAAACACCAUCGGCUUGCUCACAGGCGACUCCAAAUAUGACGAAGGAUCGAUGCUCAAAGACUUUAAGCCCGAUCCCUACGACUGGCUUGAUGGCUUCUAUGAUGAUGAUCUCUGGUGGGCUUUGGCCUGGAUCAACGCCUAUGAUGUCACUUCACGAUCCGUAUAUCUAACUCUCGCAAAAGACAUUUUCGACAUCGUCGCGAAAGGCUGGGGCACGAAUUGCAGCAGCGGGGGCAUCUACUGGAACGAUUCGAAGCAGUACGUCAACGCCAUCGCCAACGAGCUCUUCUUCUCGACUGCCGCACAUCUGGCAAAUCGAGCGCAAGACACAGAGUACUACACCGACUGGGCCAAGAAGUCGCUCGACUGGUUUGUAGCCAGCGGCAUGAUAAAUGAAAAUAACACCGUCAAUGACGGGUUGGAUGCCGCGACGUGUAAGAACAACAAUGGAACGGUGUGGAGUUACAACCAAGGCGUGAUUCUCGGCGGACUUGUCGAAUUGAACCACGCUAGUCCCAAUUCCACUCUACUACCACUUGCAUCAACCAUCGCAGGAGCAGCCCUCAAAAAACUUUCCGAUGAGGACAGCAUCAUCAAAGACGUCUGUGACGAUGGCGGCACGUGCGGUGCGGACGGGACGCAAUUCAAGGGUAUCUACAUGCGCAAUUUGGGCGAACUGUGGGCAGCGACGGGCAAUACAACAUUCGGAGAUGCGAUCAAGACCAAUGCAAAGAGCAUAUGGAGGAAUGAUAAGGAAGUUCAAGAGGACGGUGUGGUGUUCGGGAACCGCUGGGCAGGACCCUUUGAAGGGCCGGCGAACGCGAGUAUGCAGGGGAGUGCGAUGGACGCGCUCGUUGCGAACCUCGUUGUCUCGAUUUGA